AUGGGACUGUCCGAGGCUCCCUCUUCUCCCACUUUCCCUGCCCUUGACCCUGUCAUCAUGGACGACGAGAUGGAGUCCGCCUUCCACAACGCCAACAUGGAUUUUCUCGACCCGACCAAACUCGACAUUCCCUCCCAAUCGGCUGGGGGCGAUUUCGACGAUUUGUUUGCCCGGGUGACCAACUCCCGCCCGAAUGGCGCCCCGGAGUCCUCGAAGCAUUACCAAGACCAACACCCGCUGAGACAACAACCAGUCCUGGCCGCCGAAUCCCCUGCCGAGUCGCCUGAAGCCUCCAGUCGCAGUUCCUCCUCGGAAUCUCCACGAAACCACUUACGUCAUGCCUCGAUCGCUUCCACCAACUCCGUCGCCCACAGCGACAACCCGCAGACAUCAGUUGGCUACCAAACAGAAGAUUGGAUGCGUCCAGAGCUGUCGUCGGUCAAAGAAGAGUCUCCGUUCAACAUCGAGCCUUCUUUCCCUAUGGAUGGUGGGUUCUCCAUGGACCCCGACCUCGAGACGAGCAAUAAGGCGAUGGACGCGGCAUUUGACUUUGAGAGCGCUGCCAGCAGUCCGAGCCCACUCAAGACCGAAAACCUGCCUCUGCCAAAUUCCCAUCAAAAUCAUUCGCAAUCGCAGAUCUGGAGUCCCUCGGCUGCACCGGCAGCCCCGGUCCAAAACGGUGCCGCGGCAGUACCCUCGGCCCAUGCGCCAGGAUCGCCGCUUUUUGCUUUUGGUAUGAAGGAGCAAUCGCCCUUUUCGGGAGUCUUCAGCAACGGCAAUGAAAGGCUAUCCGCCCCGCAAUGGGGUGGGCAGUCGCCCUCGUCGCUCUUGGAAGAGAGUUUUGGAGGCAUUAACAUGAACGGACAGUCUCCACUGAACUCCAUGUCACCAAAUAUGCGAUUUGGGUCACCCAACUCCUAUACCUUCCCGGUCAAUUUUGCCUCGUCCCCGGCACAGACGGAUUCCACCAAUUCAGUGCAGCCCGUGCUGACCGUCCACCCGACCUCGCUCAAAUCGCGCGUCGAAACUCAAAUCCCGAUCCGAUUGACGCUCUCUCCGCUGCCGGCCGGCGUAAAGAAGUUGCGCCUGCCAUCGCACACCAUCUCGAAACUUAAAUUCCUCGCCCCUCCCUCCACUGAACCCACCCCCGAAGUCCUCCAGCUCUACACAAGUCUGGUCUGCACAAGUGCGAUGCAAGACCGGGAAAAGCUAAAGCGCGCCUUUGCCCGCACAAGGAGCGACAGAUAUCACUCGGGAGUGAACCCUAACGACGAAGAACGACCGUUGGACGGUGGUGACGUGAAGAUUUGUGCCGGAUGUAUUCAAAGAGAACGCAAGCGUGCGUCUCGGAAGAAGCAGCGGAAACCGGAAGAGGACGAAUUGUUCCAAAAGGACGAGGAGAAGAGGGUGAUAGUUUUUAACACAAGUGAAAUCAAGGAAUGGACAGAACCACCGAAGAAAGCAUCUGCCAAUUAUGGCGACAUGCCGCCCGCGCCGCCAGGGUCGAUGCAAGUGGAGCUGCCGAUGCGAAUCGCCUGCUACUGCCGUCAUCAGAAUGAGAAGCUUGGUUUUCAGGUCAUCUUCACAGUCAAGGAUUACCAGAACAACGUGGUGGCCCAAGCGAUCACAAACUCGAUCAUGAUCACUGAUGACCACAAAACGCAAGCACCAUCAGCACCUGCAUCGACUGGCCCCUCACCGUCGCUUCCCGACGGCACACAGCUGCCGGGCGUUGGGGUUUUCUCGUCAGGGUCGAAUGGUGAGGGCCAAGGCGCAAAUGGUGCCUUUGCUUCUCCUCAGUCACCCACAGAUUUGCAGGGUCUCCAGCAAAGAUUCAGCUCGCAUUAUCAGCUUACGCCUAGUUCAUUCGCUGCUCCACAGCCGAAUGGCGGUCCCUCUAGCUCGCAGACUCCCCGCAGCCUGUCUCGACAGGCCUCGCCGACGGACUUCCCAGGUCCCCAGACAAAACGACGGAAGCACAGCAGUUCAGGACGACUGCCGUCGGAGUUGACCAUGACUCGACUUGAGACACCCCAGUCAUCGAGUUCAGCAAUGACCAAUGCCGCCCAGCUUGCGGCGGCUCGAGGAUAUGCUUCGCCGACGGAACGGCCGUUCGUCACCCCAUCGUCCAUGUCUGGACAAUACGGAAAUGGGCCGCCAACUCCCAAUCAGAGCACUGACAACAACCCUUUCUUCAAUCCUACGCCCGCUCAACGGCAAAGCUUGGAUAGUCUUGCUCAGCAAUCGCUGGGCUCUGCUCCAAAUUCGGCACAACCUAGUCGCCCCGGCACACCAGGUGGCUCUGGGCGGAAUGGUUUCCAGGAUCAGAACCUCGCGCUUGCGCUGGGUGGUACUCCUGCCAACCAAGUCUGGCCGUCUGUUUCCCAGGCUCCUACCCGGCUACCCUCGGUGAUCCACAAGCUUGUACCAGCGGAGGGCUCAAUUACAGGAGGCACGGAGGUUACAUUGUUGGGAAGUGGUUUCUACCCCGGAAUGGAGGUUGUCUUUGGCGAUACCCUCGCAACCACAACCACCUUCUGGGGUGACAAGUGUCUGAACUGCUUGACACCUCCGGCUCUCCAGCCAGGGUUGGUGUCGGUGGUCUUCAAACACGAACACCCAACGUUUGGGCAAGUGCAGCAGGUCCAACCUCUUAUGCCCAAGCAGCAACUGUUUUUCAGAUACGUGGAUGACCGUGAGCUCCAAAUGUAUCGUCUAGCGCUGAACAUCCUGGGACAAAAGCUUGGUAGUCAAGCAGAUGCCUUCCAAACUGCUCAGCAGAUCAUGGGAAGCGACCCGAAUGCAUUCCUCAACGUGCAGAAGGAUCUGCAAGGCGGUGGCUCUUCUGGUGGUCACCAGCGCCAGGUGCCAGGGAUGGAGGCUCAAGGAAAACUCAGCGAUCUCGACUCCAAGAUGCUGACUUACCUGGAAUACAUCGACUUGGACGAUAGCCCACGAUUGCCUCGUUACAACUCUCGCAGCACGACUGGCCAGACCCUUCUGCAUUUUGCGGCCUCCUUGGGCCUGACUCGAUUUGUUGCCGGACUGUUGGCCCGUGGUGCCAACCCUGACAUUCAGGAUAGCACUGGCAAUGCUCCCAUGCAUCUUGCAGCUCUUCAUGGCCAUGCUCAUAUUGUCCACCGACUCCGAUUGAUUGGAGCUAAUGCCAAUGCUCGCAGUGUGCGCGGAUUUACGCCCGCGGACCUGGCAACCACUCUUCCCGCACACCAAGCUGCCUUGCUUCCGUCUCGCCACUACCGGGCUCGCAGCGUUGGCUCUCUUUCCUCCCGCCGGAGACACAGCAGCUCUGCCUCCCUCAGCUCUCUUUGGGAGGUUUCAUCAGCAUCUGGGUCACUGGGUCAUGCUGUUGAUGACUCUGAGGAUCUGGAUGACUCUGAAGAGCUGGACAGCGAAGAUUCCGACGCCCCGGUAUUCUUCAGCUCGUCCCGCCGAUCUAGCAUGCACCAAGAUGCCAUUCCCCCGGUUGUGGACGUUGGUGAACAGCCUGCAACACCCGAUACUCGUGGUUUCUCACCACCGGCAGCCAUUGUCGCCUGGCAGAACCAUUUGACUGCGCAGAUUCAUCAGUUCCAGCAGAGUGUUGCCAAUGCCUUCCCCAACAUGCCCGCGCUGCCUCCAAUGCCCGCUUUGCCGGACUACCAGGCGAACCAGAUGAUGCGCCGCAUCACGAACCUGGUGCCUCACCGGCCGGCAACUCGGGGAGACGGAUGGUGGGACUAUCUGAAGGGCAACGCCUCUCCGACCCAAACCCAGCCGCCUUCGUACGACGAAUUGUACCCGCACCAGCAGCAGAACGAGGAGGGCGAGGCUGCGGAAAUGAAGAAGACUGCUCUUCUUCGUGCCGCUACUGAGGCAGCCCUAGACCAACACUUCGAGGCGCAAAGCAAUGUCGCCUCUACUUCUGCGUCGGCCUCGACCUUGACCUCGACGGCUACUGCUAUGGCGGAGCCUGCCCAUACAGCCAAGGAUGAUCUCAAGGACAUCACAAUUGGGCGUAAGGUCAUCUCUCGCGAACAGCAGAAGCACCUGCGUGAGCACCAAGCUCGCCGCAUGAAGGGGUUGGGUAGUGACCGCAAUCUCUACUUUAUUUGGAUUCCUCUGCUGCUAUUGGUUAUUUGUGCUUGGAUGCGGAAUUAUGUGCCCGGUAUUUGGCAAGGCGUUACGGACGGCUUUGAAUUUGUGAAGGCUCGCUACACACAGCGGGCUGUGGAAUUGGGCAUCUAG